CAACAAUUGAAUAUUGAAACAUUAAUAUUUCAGAGUUAGGAAAUGCAUUAAGUUUUUACUUUUUCCAUUUGAUUAGAAGUCUUUACAAUGAAAACAAGAGCAUCUCGCAGUAACACCGCUCAAAAGAAAAAGUUAACAAGAGUGGAGAAAGAAGAACAUAUAGAUGAACCAGAUAAGGAAGCAGAGGAUUACCUCUAUGAUGAAGUGGACAAGUUCCACGCAAGUAAAGAUAAGAUGUUGUUCCAUGAGGACGAGGACUCUGAUGCAGAAGAUGACCUAGAGGAAGAAGUUCUUGGAGUGGAUGGAAGUGAUGUUGAGAGCAGCGAGGAGGAAGAGGAAGAAGGAGCAUCUGAUGAAGAUGUUGAAAUGUCAGAUGAAAGUCAAGAUGAUGAACACGGUAUUCCGAGUAGUAAAGCUUGGGGAAAGAAGAAGUCCAUGUUUUAUGGAGGAGAAUCUCUAGAAGGAUUACAGGGUUUCGAACGAGAUGAAGCUGCUGAUCUUGAAGAAGAGGAGGCCCUUCGCAUCCAGAGAAGACUCAAUGAAGAGAUUGAUGAAGAUCAGUUUGAACUGAUUGAACCAACUCAGGAGCCUUUUGAAACUGACAGCUUGAAGAAAGAUAACAAACCUGUCAACGUUAUUCGGUCAGAUUUUAGUAAUUUAUCAACACCAGCUCAGUGGAAACUUUUAAGCAAAGAAUCGCCAGAGCUUAAAGACUUAAUUAAGGAUUUUAAAUUAAAAAUCACCGAGCUAAAUGACCGAAUCAACCCUUUACUGGAUCUGGUAACUGCUGGCAAAAUAACGGGCAACGGCGCAAUCUACGUGAACACCAGAUUCAAACUGUAUACCGCGUAUCUUAUCAACGUUGCGUUCUACCUCUCGUUAAAGGCCAAAUUAUCUCCAGUUGGAAAUCACCCUGUGGUGAAACGACUCGUUGAGUACAGAACGCUUAUCAACGAGCUUGAGCCGUUAGAUGAAGAAUUAGAAGGGCAGGUGGAUGAACUAUUAAACUACAACGUGCACGAUACCGAAACUGAAUCUCCCGAAAUUGAAGUUUUAAGUAACGAAAAACCGACCGUGGCUGUUGAACAGGACGAUAACGAAGAGACCGGUCGAAAAAUUAAGGAACUAGGCGCUGUGGACCCGUUGAAAUACUACACCGCGUUACAGGAACGACUUAAACUCGGUUCAACACAGGACGCACGAAAUGAAGCGACUGAAGAAAUGGAACCAGAUGCUGAAGACGACGAUGAUCGCAGAGCAAUCAACUAUACGAUGAGUAAAAAUAAGGGCGCGCACACGAAGCGUCGAAAAUUAGAUCGAAAUCCACGCGUAAAGCACCGGGAGAUGUAUCGGAAAGCAAAGAUUCGACGUCGUGGACAAAUACGAACCUUUAGGCCCGAAAUAGAAAAGUAUUCAGGCGAAGCCUCGGGGAUACGAGCCGGUGUUGUCCGAGGCGUCCGAAUACGAUAAGCUAGCAAUAAAGCAAAUUCUACCACGGUGGACAAUCGUUUGUGUCUUCAAUCACCGGUGUUUUCAAUAGUGUUUUCGCGGCUACGCUUUGUACAAACAAAGGCGUGACGCAGCGAGCAGCGCUGCAGUGCCGCUUUUUCGUAAAAUCACCAUGACAAAGUAGCGGCGACUAAAUAUUCCAGGAGAAAACGGACAUCGUGCUGUAGGUGUCUCUUAGUAAUUGUGGCUGGCGUGUGCACUUUCCGCAGAACUGCCACCGAAAUAGACCGAAUUUACGCGUCAGUGCACGAUAUUUCGCCCGCUAUUGUUACAUCGGGUUGCUGCACCAUCAUCGUACCGUCACACGGAUACAAAUGACAACUGCCGGUUUCAUAAUAAAUGGCUCCGCGUCA